CCAUUCCCUGGCUGCUGUACACUUGCAUUAUCCAUGGCAACCAUUUUCAGUGUAAAAAGAUUUUACAAUCUGCCUGUGAAUAUGUAUGUACUUUCCCCUGAUAGAGUAGUAAUAAACUGAUAGGGGCUCAGUAUAAAACUGGAGUUUUCAAGUUGGACCUUCAGGGGUGAAGGGCAAAAGAAGAGCAAUGCAAGGACAGUGAAACAACGGAGUUUCGAGAUUGAGCAGUUGGCUGUGCAGCCCGAAUAUUUGAGCAGUAAGACCUGGUCUGCACUACAACGUUAGGUCAAGGAUGGGAAGGAAGAAGUUCAGUGGAUUAGAAAUCUCCCUGAUUGUCCUAUUCUGUUUGGUGGUGAUUGUAGCCUGCAUUCUGGUUGCACUUUUAGCAACAGGACAUCCUGGACUCCAAGACUUUUCUCCAGACUGUCCAUCCUUAAGCGUAUCAGAGAAAAUUGACUGUAUUCCAGAUCAAGUAGCAACAAAGAGCAUAUGUACACUGCGUGGCUGUUGCUGGAGUCCACAAAAUGAAACAAACAUACCCUGGUGCUUCUUCUCCAAAAGUCAUGGGUAUAAAGUAGAGGGAAAUGUGAAGAGCACAGGUACAGGUCUUGAAGCGAAGUUAACAAGGUUGCCUUCACCUUCCCUAUUUGGAAAUGAUAUUAAUACUGUCCUCUUCACGGGAGAAUAUCAGACAGCAAAUCGCUUCCGGUUCAAGAUAACUGAUCCUAAUAAACAAAGAUUUGAAGUUCCUCAUGAGCAUGUAAAAGCUUUUAAAGGAUCUGCAGCCACCAAUUUAAAGUACAGUGUCCAUGUCAAUCAGAACCCUUUUGGUAUCAUCGUGGUGAGAACAAGCAAUAGCAAAACACUGUUUGAUACUAGCAUAGGACCACUUCAGUAUGCUGACCAGUUUUUACAGCUCUCAAUCAAACUGCCCAGCAGCAACAUUUAUGGAAUUGGAGAACACGUCCACACACAAUACCGGCAUGAUGUUAACUGGAGAACUUGGCCCAUAUUUACCAGGGAUGCUUUCCCCAAUGGAGGCACACAUAACUUAUAUGGAGCUCACACAUUCUUCUUAUGCUUGGAAGAUAACAGUGGAGCCUCUUUUGGUGUGUUCUUGAUGAAUAGUAAUGCCAUGGAAUUUGCUCUCCAGCCUACCCCAGCAGUAACUUACAGAACAACUGGUGGAAUUCUAGAUUUUUAUAUCUUCUUAGGAGACACUCCAGAGCAAGUUGUUCAAGAGUAUGUAAAGCUAAUAGGAAUGCCUGCAAUGCCUUCAUACUGGAGUCUUGGAUUCCAACUUAGUCGCUGGAAUUAUGGCACUCUCGAUGAGUUAAAAGCUGUGGUACAAAGAAACAGAGAAAUUGGGAUACCUUAUGAAAUUCAGUACACUGAUAUUGACUAUAUGGAGGAGAAGAAAGACUUUACUUAUGACCAAGUGAAGUUUAAGGACCUUCCUAACUUUGCUGUGGACCUGCAUAACCAUGGACAAAAAUACAUUAUUAUACUGGACCCUGCCAUUGCCAUCACUCCCCUGCUUAAUAAUACUCCAUAUCUUUCCUAUGACAGAGGAGAGAGCAAGAAAGUGUGGAUAAAUGAACCAGAUGGAAAAACACAGCUCAUUGGAGAGGUGUGGCCAGGACUGACUGUGUUCCCUGACUACACCAACCCAGAAUGUACCAACUGGUGGGUAGAAGAAUGUAAGAUCUUUCAUGAUAAAGUGAAGUAUGAUGGCAUUUGGAUAGACAUGAAUGAAAUAUCCAGCUUUAUAAAAGGUUCAACACGCGGCUGUCAGCAAAACAACUGGAACUAUCCUCCAUUCACUCCGAAAGGUAUUCUCGAUGGAGUCAUGUAUUCAAAGACACUUUGCAUGGAUGCAGUGCAAUUCUGGGGAAAGCACUAUGAUGUUCACAAUCUAUACGGAUAUUCCAUGACCCUAUCAACUGAGAAAGCUAUACAGACCGUUUUCCCUGGAAAGAGAAGCUUCACUAUUUCUAGGUCUACUUUUGCUGGAUCAGGAAAAUACACAGGACAUUGGCUAGGAGACAAUGCUGCUACAUGGAAUGAUCUGAGAUGGGCAAUACCAGGAAUGCUGGAAUUUAACCUCUUCGGGAUACCUUAUAUUGGUGCAGAUAUUUGUGGUUUUUUUGAUAAUGUCUCAGAAGAACUUUGCAGACGAUGGAUGCAAGUUGGAGCAUUUUAUCCAUUUUGCAGAAAUCACAAUGCUGAAAACUAUGCGCCUCAGGAUCCUGCUGUAUUUGGGGCAGAUUCUCUUUUGGUGAGAUCAUCAAGGAACUACUUGACGAUUCGAUACACUUUACUGCCUUACCUUUAUACCCUUUUUUACAAUGCUCAUGCACAAGGAGGCACAGUAGUGAGACCACUUCUUCAUGAGUUUUAUUCAGAUGAAGCCACAUGGGCUAUUGAUCGACAAUUCUUGUGGGGCCCUGGACUGCUUAUCACUCCUGUGCUGGACCCAGGUGUGGAAAAAGUGAUAGCAUAUAUCCCUGAUGCAGUAUGGUAUGACUAUGAAACAGGUGGAAGAGUAGUAUGGCGAAAACAACAAGCAGAGAUAUAUCUCCCAGCAGACAAACUAGGACUUCAUCUGAGAGGAGGCUACAUUUUUCCUACUCAGCAACCAGCUAAUACAACAUUGUACAGCCGCAAGAAUCCAAUGGGACUCAUAAUUGCAUUAGAUGAGAAUGGUCAAGCAGCUGGAGAUUUAUUCUGGGAUGAUGGAGAAUCUUCAGGUACAGUGGAAAAUAAAAACUACAUUCAUUACAAUUUUUCAGUUUCCAACAAUAGUUUAAAAAUGAGUGUUUUGCACAUGAAUUACAGUGAUCCAAACAACUUAGUAUUUGAGGAAAUCAAAAUCCUUGGUUUGCCACUUAAACCUACACUUCUUACUGUGACUCUAAAUGAUAUAGUGCAGAAUUCUCUUCAUAAUAUCAGCUAUGAUCCUUCAAAUAAGGUUACCCAUGUAACUGGACUUCAACUUGAACUAGGAAAAGCAUAUGUGUUGAAAUGGAAUCAAGUGCUCAGUAACACUGAUAAAUUUGAUUGUCAUCCUAGUCCUAAUGCAGCAGAAGCAAAUUGUGUAGCCAUGGGCUGUGUCUGGGAGCCUGUCUCCACUGACCGUGUUCCUUCCUGUUACUAUCCUUCCGACUAUGGUUAUUCUGUCAGUCAAAUUACAUACACUUCAUCAGGUUUAUCAGUGAACCUCAACAGAAAUGUUAAUUACAUUAACCGAGCUCAGACUUCUACUACCCCUAUAAAUACACUUCGCUUGGAUGUGCAAUAUCAUGACAAUAAUAUGCUUCAAUUUAAGAUUUAUGAUUACAGCAAUAAAAGAUAUGAGGUUCCAGUACCACUAAAUAUCCCUAGCAGUCCUACAAGUACAUAUGAGAAUCGACUCUAUGAAGUAACAAUUCAGAAUAAUCCAUUCGGCAUCCAGAUUCGACGCAAAAGCACAGGGACAAUUAUCUGGGAUUCUCAGGUCCCUGGCUUCAUCUUUACCGACAUGUUCAUUCAAAUUUCUACUCGCCUGCCAUCACAGUAUGUCUACGGAUUUGGUGAAAAUGAACACACUAUGUUUCGGCGUGAUAUGAACUGGCACACUUGGGGAAUGUUCGCCAAAGACCAGCCCCCUGGUUACAAACUGAAUUCUUAUGGUGUACAUCCUUUUUACAUGGGCUUAGAAAAUGAUGGAAAUGCUCACGGAGUCCUCUUGCUUAAUAGCAAUGCAAUGGAUGUCACAUUCCAGCCAACUCCUGCCCUGACAUAUCGCACUAUCGGAGGAAUUCUGGAUUUUUACAUGGUGUUGGGCCCAACACCAGAGCUUGUUGUUCAGGAAUACACUGCACUAAUUGGUCGACCAGUUAUGCCACCAUAUUGGGCUUUGGGAUUUCAGUUAUGCCGUUAUGGAUACAAAAAUGACAUAGAAAUCUCUGACCUGUAUGAAGAAAUGAAGGCAGCUCGGAUACCUUAUGAUGUGCAAUACACUGAUAUUGAUUACAUGGAACGACAAUUAGACUUUACCCUCAGCCCAAACUUCACUGGACUACCAGCUCUGGUUGACAGGAUGAAAAUGGAAGGAAUGAAAUUCAUCAUUAUCCUGGAUCCAGCCAUUUCAGGCAAUGAAACCAAUUAUCCAGCCUAUACAAGAGGUGUCCAGAAUGAUGUCUUUAUUAAAUGGCCCAAUAGCACUGAAAUUGUAUGGGGAAAGGUUUGGCCAGAUCUUCCCAAUGUAGUUGUUAAUGAAUCACUAGAUUGGGAUACUCAAGUAAAGCUAUACAGAGCUUAUGCAGCUUUCCCAGAUUUCUUCCGCAACACCACAGCUCAGUGGUGGCAAAGAGAAAUAAGAGAAUACCACACUAAUCCAAACCAACCAGAGAAAAGUGUGAAGUUUGAUGGUCUGUGGAUUGACAUGAAUGAACCUUCAAGCUUUGUUCAUGGAGCAGUUGAAGGCUGUAAAAACCAGGAGCUAAACAAUCCUCCCUAUAUGCCUAGUUUGGAAUCACGGUCACUUGGGUUGAGUCACAAAACUUUAUGCAUGGAAAGUCAGCAGUUCCUACCAGAUGGAACCCCUGUUAGACAUUAUGAUGUGCACAAUCUAUAUGGAUGGUCACAUACAAAACCCACCUAUGAUGCUCUACAGAACACUACUAAGGAACGUGGAAUUGUUAUCACUCGUUCAACAUAUCCCUCUAGUGGCAAAUGGGCUGGACACUGGCUUGGCGAUAACACUGCAGCUUGGGAUCAGCUUUAUAAAUCUAUAAUUGGUAUGAUGGAAUUUAGCCUCUUUGGAAUAUCCUAUACUGGAGCAGAUAUUUGUGGCUUCUUCAAUGAUGCAGAUUAUUAUAUGUGUGCCCGUUGGAUGCAGCUGGGAGCAUUUUACCCAUUUUCCAGAAAUCAUAAUGGUGCAGGUGCAAAGAGGCAAGAUCCUGUUGCCUUUGACGAAAAAUUUGAAAAUAUUUCCAGAGAUGUACUCAAUACAAGAUACACACUGUUACCCUAUCUCUACACCUUAAUGUAUCAAGCCCAUGUUCAUGGUAGCACUGUAGUGCGUCCUCUCCUCCAUGAGUUUGUGGAAGACCAAACAACAUGGGAUAUAUAUAGACAAUUUCUGUGGGGACCUGCGCUGCUCAUUAGCCCGGUUCUGGAGAAUGCUACUUCAGUGUUGGCUUAUAUACCCAAUGCACGCUGGUAUGAUUAUUACACUGAUGAGUAUAUUAAAUUCAGGAGAGAGUUCCGCAAUCUAUCCACUCCUCUUGAGCAUAUCAACCUUCAUAUUCGUGGAGGCUACAUCAUCCCAUGGCAGGACCCUGCUAAUAAUACAUUUUACAGCCGACAAAACUCUAUGGGACUUACUGUUGCUUUAGAUGAUAAUGGGUUCGCUCAAGGUCAGCUAUACUGGGAUGAUGGGAGCAGCAUUGAUGCAUAUGAAAAGGCUGCUUAUCUGUUAGAAACGUUUAAUGCAAGUCAGAAUGUUUUAGAUAUUAAGGUUGUGCACAAUGGAUAUACUGACCCAAACAAUUUAAAAUUUGAUGAAAUUAAGAUCUUAGGAAUUCUUGGACAUCCUUUAGCUGUUAUAAUCAAACAAAAUGGUGUGACAGUUCCAUCUCUCCAUAAUGUCAACUAUAAUGCUGUAAAACAGCUCCUGCAUAUUACUAGGCUUCAACUUGAACUGGGGAAACCCUACUCAGUGGAAUGGUCAAUGUCUGAAGACAAUGAAAAAUUUAACUGUUAUCCUGAGUCAGGUGCAUCACCAGAAAAUUGUACAGCUCGUGGCUGUAUCUGGCAGGUUGUCUCUAACUCACUUGUGCCAUCGUGUUACUACCCAAGUAAUUAUGGCUAUUCUGUCAGCAACCUUCAAAAUACGGCUUUGGGUCUUACAGCUGACCUCUCCAGAGAUCCAAGUAUCCCUGACCGCUAUGGGGACCGUUCUCCCUCUAUCAACACACUUCGCUUAGAAGUGAAAUACCAUGACAACUACAUGUUGCAGUUCAAGAUUUAUGAUGCCAACAAUAAAAGAUAUGAAGUUCCAGUACCACUAUUUGUCCCCAAUCCUUCCACAAGUACAGAAACAGGUCGACUCUAUGAAGUGACAAUUAAGAACAAUCCAUUUGGUAUUCAGAUUCAGCGUAGAAGCACUGGAACAGUUAUUUGGGAUUCUCAGGUACCUGGCUUCACCUUUAGUGACAUGUUCAUUCAGAUUUCUACCCGCCUUCCAUCACAGUAUAUCUAUGGAUUUGGUGAAACUGAACAUACUACAUUUCGGCGUGAUAUGAACUGGAACACCUGGGGAAUGUUUUCCAAAGACCAGUCCCCUGGUUACAAGCUGAAUUCCUAUGGAGUCCACCCCUUUUACAUGGGCCUGGAAAAUGAUGGAAAUGCUCAUGGGGUCUUCUUGUUUAACAGUAAUGGAAUGGAUGUCACAUUCCAGCCAACUCCUGCUCUGACAUAUCGCACUAUCGGAGGAAUUCUGGACUUUUACAUGGUGCUGGGUCCAACGCCAGAGCUUGUUGUUCAGGAAUACACUGCACUAAUUGGUCGACCAGUUAUGCCACCAUACUGGGCUUUGGGAUUCCAGUUAUGCCGUUAUGGAUACAAAAAUGACACCGAAAUCUCUGACCUGUAUGAAGAAAUGAAGGCAGCUCGGAUACCUUAUGAUGUGCAAUUUACAGACAUUGAUUACAUGGACCGGAAGUUAGACUUUACUCUAAGCCCAAACUUUUCAGGACUUCCUGCUCUGAUUAAUCGUAUGAAAGAUGAAGGAAUGAGAUUCAUCAUUAUUCUGGAUCCACCCAUAUCGGGCAAUGAAACAAAUGAUUAUCCAGCAUUUACAAGAGGUGUGCAGAAUGAUGUCUUCAUCAAACGGCCUAGCAGCAAUGAGAUUGUCUGGGCAAAGGUUUGGCCAGAUUAUCCUAAUGUCACAGUUAACGAGUCUUCAGAUUUAGAUACACAGCUCAAGUUGUACAGAGCUUAUGCAGCUUUCCCAGAUUUCUUCCGUAAUUCUACAGCACAGUGGUGGCAAAAAGAAAUAGUGGAGUUCCACUCUAAUCCAGUUGAUCCACAGAAGAGUGUGAAAUUUGAUGGCUUAUGGACUGACAUGAAUGAACCAGCAAGCUUUAUUAAUGGAGCAGUUGAUGGCUGCAGAGAUCCACUUCUAAACAACCCCCCUUAUAUGCCAUCUUUGGCAGAAAAGGAAAAAGGGCUGACUCUCGUGACCCUGUGCAUGGAAAGUCAACAGUUCCUGCCAGAUGGGACCCCCGUCAGGCACUAUGAUGUACAUAGUCUGUAUGGAUGGUCACAGGCACCACCUACCUACUAUGCCAUCCGCAAUGCCACAGGGGAACGUGGAAUUGUUAUCACCCGUUCAACAUAUCCCUCUAGUGGACGAUGGGCAGGUCACUGGCUGGGUGAUAACUAUGCAAGAUGGGACCAGCUUGAAAAAUCUAUCAUUGGUAUAAUGGAGUUUGGCCUCUUUGGAAUUACCUAUAUUGGAGCAGAUAUCUGUGGCUUCUUCAAUGAUACAACAUAUGAAAUGUGCGCCCGCUGGAUGCAGCUUGGAUCAUUUUACACCUUUUCUAGAAAUCAUAAUGUGAUCGGAACUAUGAGGCAAGACCCUGCUUCAUUUGAUGAAAGAUUUCAAAAUAUUUCAAGGGAUGUACUCAAUACAAGAUACACACUGUUACCUUAUCUCUACACUAUAAUGCAUGAAACCCAUGUUUAUGGUGGCACUGUAACACGUCCUUUGCUUCAUGAGUUUGUGGAAGAGAAAGCAACAUGGGAUAUAUACAAACAGUUUUUAUGGGGUCCAGCAUUGCUGAUUAGCCCUGUAUUGGAAGAAGGAGCUACAACAGUGAAUGCUUAUAUACCCAAUGCACGCUGGUAUGAUUAUUACACGGGAAAAGAACUUGAAAAAAGGGGACAAUUCCAGAUUUUGCAGGCACCUCUUGAGCACAUCAAUCUUCAUAUCCGGGGUGGUUACAUUAUCCCCUGGCAAGAACCUGGUAUUCAUACCAAUCAAAGCCGACAGAAUUUUAUGGGGCUUACUGUGGCUUUGGAUGUCAAUGGGGUUUCACAAGGACAGCUUUUCUGGGAUGAUGGAAAAAGCAUUGAUACAUAUGAAAAUGGUAAUUAUUUCUUAGCAAGAUUUGCAGCAAACCAGAAUACUGUUAAUAUCACUGUGGCACACAACAACUUCCUAACUAACACCAAUCCAUUGAAAUUUGGCUAUAUGAACAUCUGGGGAAUAGGAAGCCAACAGGUUACAAAUGUUACUGUCAUUUAUGAUGGACAAACUCACAUGAUUACUAACUUCAGCACUGACCAAGGAAAUCAGGUAUUACAAAUUCAAUUUACUGACAAAAUAUUCAGCAUGGAAAAAUUCACUCAACUCAAAUGGACAACAAGCAAUUAACUGUCUAUGGACAACAGGCAGUUUGAAAGCAUCUCCAGAGGCAUAUUUUCAUCAGCUGUUCUAUUAUGUUCAGAGAUAUUAAUAAAGAAAUAACAAAUAUAUAAAAAGGUACUGUUAUGGGUAAUGCUGCACAAAGACAUGUAAUUUUGCCUGUGCCUUUUGAUUCUGACAUAAUUAGGAGGGAAGUAUCUACAUGGGUUUGAGCCAAUUUUGGAACAUACAUGUAACAGUGAAAACAUAGGUUAAGAUUUCUCUGAGAUCUUUUGCUGAGUAAUAGAGAAUUUAAUGUUUACAUGUUAUUGAUGUGAAAUGAAAAAGCCAGUGAAAAUAAUAUGACACACUUAAAACUUUCUUUAUACUGCCAUUUUAAAAUGCAUUGUAUUUUAUACAGUACACAAUACCUUUAUUGUAAUUUAGCCUACAUGGUGCAACUGAACUGAAGUUAUAAAGUUACUGUGCAUUGAAAAUAAAGCUGUAUAAAUAAAUAAUUCUGA